AUGUCUCGCCGGUUUCAGGGUCACCGGCCACGCCUGACCAGCUACGGCACAAUCGAACAACAAGAUAUCAACGCUGAAGCACAAGAACUCUACGGAAAUCCCUCAAAUGCAAGCUCGUGGUCACCUCACAACGCAAUUUACGAGCCAGUUGAUAGACCUUCCUACCGCAACCAGCGAGGACAGUCAGCCUACCUCAACAGCCGCUUGCGCCGCUCACAAAAUGAUGCGCUUCGACACUACGCAACUUCAGGACACGUAGAUCAAACUACAGCGAGAGAUUUUCGCGCUCUACAGUAUCUGCGAGAAAAGGAAGCCAUCAGAAAUCGCCGAGCCCGACUCGCAAGUACAACUGCAGCUCCCGGUACUCCCACAGCACCACGCCGCCAAGUUGGCUGGAAUCUGAGAGAUGUGGGUCCUAGACAGCAGCCUCUGAGGACUGUCUCUGAAAGAGAGUACCCUUCUUCCCUUUAUGCAGCAGCUGCUGGAAGACGUUUGAGAACCACUGGGGAACCAGAAGCUGCAGGGACUGGUGGUGCGAAUGUAUGGAAUAAGCCGUUGAAGAAGUCUGGUGAGGACUGGGAAAGAGAAAUCGCUGAGGAUGAGGCGAGGCGAAUCAGAGGGCAUGGGCUGGAUCAGGAGGAGAGGGUGAGGGCUGCUGCGGAGGAGGAGGAGGCGAGAAGGAUUCGAGGGCAUGGGCUGGAGCAACCGAUGGUAAAGAGGAGGCAGACUUGGGGAUUCAAGGGUACGGAGCACAAGAUGUGA